AUGGGUGAGCCCCAAGGGUCCAUGCGGAUCCUGGUGACAGGGGGCUCCGGGCUGGUGGGCAGAGCCAUCCAGAAGGUGGUAGCCGACGGGGCCAGGUUGCCAGGAGAGGACUGGGUGUUCGUCUCCUCCAAGGACGCCGAUCUCACGGACGCUGCGCAGACCCGAGCCCUGUUCGAGAAGGUCCGGCCCACGCACGUCAUCCAUCUUGCUGCCAUGGUGGGGGGCCUGUUCCGGAAUAUUAAAUACAACCUGGACUUCUGGAGGAAGAACGUGCACAUCAAUGACAACGUCCUGCACUCGGCCUUCGAGGUGGGAGCACGCAAGGUGGUCUCCUGUCUGUCCACCUGCAUCUUCCCUGACAAGACCACCUACCCUAUCGAUGAGACCAUGAUCCACAACGGGCCACCGCACAGCAGCAAUUUUGGCUACUCCUACGCCAAGCGGAUGAUCGACGUGCAGAACAGGGCCUACUUCCAGCAGCACGGCUGCACCUUCACCGCCGUCAUCCCCACCAACGUCUUCGGGCCCCAUGACAACUUCAACAUCGAGGACGGCCACGUGCUGCCCGGCCUGAUCCAUAAGGUGCACCUGGCCAAGAGCAGGGGCUCGGCCCUGACCGUGUGGGGCACCGGGAAGCCCCGGAGGCAGUUCAUCUACUCACUGGACCUGGCCCGGCUCUUCCUCUGGGUGCUGCGGGAGUACAGUGAGGUGGAGCCCAUCAUCCUGUCAGUGGGCGAGGAGGACGAAGUCUCCAUCCAGGAGGCCGCCGAGGCCGUGGCGGAGGCCAUGGACUUCCACGGGGAGGUCACCUUUGAUACCACCAAGUCGGACGGGCAGUUUAAGAAGACGGCCAGUAACAGCAAGCUGCGGGCUUACCUGCCCGACUUCCGGUUCACGCCCUUCAAGCAGGCUGUGAAGGAGACUUGUGCCUGGUUCAGUGCCAACUACGAGCAGGCGCGGAAGUGA